GUUUACACACCGAGACAACAGGUACGUACUGGACAAAGCAGACAGCUCAGUGUAGCGUCAUUGUGCCGUAAAUAAAAAAAAGCGGUAUCCAAGAUGAGAUUGGGGAAGUAUGAAGUCGGGAGGUUGCUGGGAGAAGGGGCAUUUGGCAAGGUCUACAAAGGCAAGGACGUCAACACCGGGGGCGUUGUGGCCAUCAAGCGGUUGAAAAUCGAGAAUGUCAGACAGCUAGAAAGUGCUAAAAACGAACUGAUACCAUUGCUUGCACUGUUCAAUAAGUCUCAUCAACACAUUGUUAAAUGCUUUCAGACUGAACUUAUGCAUGGUAGUCUGUGGUUGGUAUUGGAGUAUUGUUCAGUGGGAACGCUGAAUGAUUUCCUGUUGAGCAAGCCUGGCAUGUCAGUCUCCGCGAAAAUUGGCCUAAUGCGAGAAAUAGCAGACGCAGUUAACUUUCUGCACUCAAACCACAUCGUCCACAGAGAUCUCAAGCCAGACAACAUACUGCUUAGUGGCAGCCGUGACAACCCAGUAGUGAAGGUAGCUGAUUUUGGAUUGGCUAAGGUUUGCGGGGUUGUGGGUUCCUUGUCAGAAUACUACAUGAACUCUCACUGUGGAACCGAGCUCUUUUUGGCACCUGAAGUGUUCACAGCACAGGACUACAAAAUGUACUGUGACAUAUUCUCGAUGGGCGUGAUUUUUGUGUCCAUGAUUGACAUGCAGCAAGUGGGAAAGACAGUAGUUGCAUACAUUAAGGGCAGAAUGGGUGCCGUAGUCCCCAUCGGUAGAGCACUGCUUAACAAUCCUCCUCCCAAUCUCUCUGCUCAUUUCCUGACCAGUUUGAAUGAUGGGUCGUUCAAAAAACUUUGUCUCUCUAUGCUAAGUGCCAACUAUCGCAACAGACCCAAAGCAGUCGAUUUACUCGCAUGCUUGAAUCUUAUUGGACACUCUUCCCAACGGCCCACGUCUGGUAGGCCGGAUAGUGGCCAAAGGAACAGACGGCGGAUGGUCAGUCCAGUAGCCAUGAUGGGCGGCGCAGGUGUUGGGGGUUUGGUUGGGGGGCCUGUUGGGGCUAUGGGUAUGCCUGUUGGGGCUGUGGGCGUGGUUGGGGCGCCUGGCGCUAUGAUUGGAGGGCCUGUUGGGGCUAUGGGUAUGGCUGGUGCACCUGUGGGGGCUAUGGGUAUGGUUGGGGCACCUGCCGUUGGGGCUGUGGGUUUGGUUGGGGCGCCUGUUGGGGCUGUGGGCAUGAUUGGCCCUGGGGCUGUUGUAAAUGGGGGUAUGAUUGGGGGGCCUGCUGGCGCUAUGGUAAAUGGGGGUUGGGUGAUGGGGAUGUGGCCUUGA